CGAUUUGUAAUUUUUCUUCACCGGAUAACUUGCAGUCAAGUUAUCCGGUUUGUAAUUUUUCUUCUCUUGAAUUGGAAUAUUUUAAAAAAUGUAGGGCUCUUGAAAUGAUAAAUAUUAAAUAAUAAAAAAUGUUUGAUCAGUUAUAAAAACCGGUUCAACAUGAUUAACCACUUAGACCGCCGGUUUUGGUCGGUUCACCCGGUUUUGUACCGGUUUUCCGGCUUCUUCCCCGGUUUUUUGACAGCACGGUUUACAAGCCUCUUAGGACCAGAUAUAGGUCCGGUUCACGGUGAAACCGGUCGAACCGGUCGGUCCGGUCGGAGGGAGUAUUUUGAUAAUUGAGUCUAGAACGGGUUUAAAUGGUCUAAUUCAGCGGCAGCAUGAAGAGUUAAAUAUUAGAAAAAUGAACCCACAAAAAUAUUCUCACAAAAAUAUUCUCACUCGGUGAAGAGUUCGAAGUGACCACGCAUCCACCUUCUUCUCUUCUCUAUAUAUAGCAAAAACUACAGAACCGAGAAUAAUAUUGCAUGAUGCAUCUCGAAGAUACUCCUUCCUCUCUUGGAUUUCACAUGCCUGCAGAAUGGGAACCCCAUACGCAGUGUUGGAUGGGUUGGCCUGAACGCGCUGAUAAUUGGCGUGACAACGCCGUUCAUGCUCAACGUGUGUUUGUUAGGGUGGCGUCCGCGAUCUCCAGAUUCGAGAGAGUAACCGUUUGCGCUUGUUCCGCUCAAUGGGAGAAUGCUCGGAGUCAGUUACCAGAGCAUAUCAGAGUCAUUGAGAUUUGCUCUAAUGAUUCUUGGUUUCGUGACAUUGGACCUACUUUUGUUGUGAAAAGAGGAACGCCGGAAUCUGGUGAUACGGAACAUAGGAUUGCGGGGAUUGAUUGGAGUUUUAAUAGUUGGGGAGGUGUAGAAGAUGGAUGUUACAGUGAUUGGAGUCUUGAUACCUAUGUUGCUAAGAAGAUUUUGGAUGUUGAGAGAAUUCCUAGGUUUUCGCAUUCUAUGGUGCUUGAAGGCGGAAGCAUCCAUGUGGAUGGAGAAGGAACAUGUCUUACCACAGAAGAGUGUCUAUUGAACAAGAACAGGAAUCCUCAUUUGAGUAAGAGCCAAAUAGAGGAUGAACUUAAGGCAUAUCUUGGAAUCAGGAAGGUUAUAUGGUUGCCUCGUGGAUUAUAUGGAGAUGACGAUACAAAUGGUCAUAUUGAUAACAUCUGCUGUUUUGCGAGGCCCGGUGUGGUUCUGCUAUCUUGGACUGAUGAUAAAACUGAUCCUCAGUAUGAAAUAUCUGAAGAAGCAUAUGUUUUCCUUUCAAGUGUAACAGAUGCUAAUGGUAGAAAAUUGGAAAUCAUUAAACUCCAUGUCCCGGAUCCACUAUACAUGACGGAGAAAGAGGCUGCGGGGGUUUUCCAGGAUGACUGCGCCAAGCCAAGACUUCCCGGUACUAGGCUUGCUGCUUCAUAUGUAAACUUUUACAUUGCAAAUGGUGCUAUUGUUGUUCCAAAAUUUGGAGAUAAAAAGUGGGAUGAUGAAGCUAUCAGAGUUCUGUCUAAGACGUUUCCUCAUCAUGAAGUUGUGGGAAUUGAAGGUUCCAGGGAGAUUGUAUUGUCAGGUGGAAAUAUACAUUGCAUCACUCAGCAACAACCAGCCAUUUAGCGAUACUCUCCCAGCAACGUUGAUAUGUAUUGGUAAUUUUAUUAGGAUGAUUGAUUAAUUGCUUGAUAAAUGGAAAGCCAUUGAAAAUAAAACAAAAUUGAUAUUUAAAUUGUGAAAACAUUUAUUUCUCAUGAAUGAUUGAAUAUCCUGAAAAGAUGUCAAUAUAAAAGUUGAUAUCUCACCAUAGUUUGAUACA